AAGAGGGGGUUUCAAGUGGGUGAAACUCCGCGCAGCGCGGAGCCCGCGGCCGGGCAGCACCUCCGCAGCCUUGCGCCGCCCGCGGAAGUUCCGCGUCGCCCGCAGGCCCACACUGCCGCGCCCCGGCCCCUUCCACGGCCCUUCCCACCUCCCUCCAGUGACUUUUAGCAGGGGUGGCAGGGGAAAAUGGGGGUAAAUGGGGGAGCCCCACGCAGCGCCACGGCCACGGUUGACAAGUCCCCCCUCCAAAACACACACAACCACACGGGAGCGGGCUGGGAUGUGUCGCGCAGCCCUUGUGUCGCUAGGGGUGGCGUAGAAAGGGCCCUUUAAAAGCUGCCCACCAGCUGGGAGCGGGUGCGGAGGGGGACGGGCCGGGGCGGGGAUCGCCCCCCCCUCCCCGCUCUUACGUCUGUCAAGGAGCGGCAGACGACGCCGCUAGAGAUAAAGUAAAAGGCGAGCAGCGGGGCCGGGGGCAGACUCGACAGCCACCGCGAUGGGAAGCAGCUCCCCGCAGCACCCGCAGCGCCAGCCCAGUUAGAGCCGGGGCAGGGGGGGGAACGGGGACGGCGGCCCCGGGAUCCCGGCCGGCCGAGGGACAAGGCGGAGGCCGCCGGCUUCUUUCUCGCAGCAGCCGAGCUCAACUCGCUUCCACCCGCCCCCCCCAUCCCGCUUCCCUGCCCGCCCCCCCGACCCUCCGCCUCUCGCUCGCCUUCUGCAGCCGGGCUCGGAUUUAGGGAUAAAGUGGGAGGAGGAGGGAAAGGGGGGCUGGGGUGGGGGGGGAAUCGUUGCUUCCAUUUGUUUAUCCACGGAGGGGUGAAGUCUCCCGGUGGAAAGAAAACCCCGCCGGGGGGCCGGGAGGAGGCCGGAGGCGGGGUGAGUGGAGGCGAGCCCCCAGCAGCGUGGCCUUUUGGGGGAGCGCGGGGGGGGUGUUGGCGGAGGAGGGCCGGGGCUGGCCGCCGAGGACCCGGCCGUAGAUGACUGCAGAAGCGCAGCAGGCUCUGUCCUCUCAGCCCCCUCCUCCUCCGGUGCAGAGCAGCUACGGCCCCAUGUCCUCCGUGGCCGAGAAGCAGCCGCAGAGCUCGGCCAUGGACACCGCUUCCGCGGCGCCCGGCGGGGCGACCGGCAGCGCCCCGGGUAGCGGUGGAGCCCCGGGCAGCGGCGGUCCCAAAGCGAAGAAGACCAACGCGGGGAUACGGCGGCCGGAGAAACCUCCUUACUCCUACAUCGCCCUCAUCGUCAUGGCCAUCCAAAGCUCACCCUCGAAACGCCUGACCCUCAGCGAGAUCUACCAGUUCUUGCAGAGCCGCUUCCCUUUCUUCCGCGGCUCCUACCAGGGCUGGAAAAACUCGGUGCGCCACAACCUCUCUCUCAACGAGUGCUUCAUCAAGUUGCCCAAGGGACUGGGACGCCCGGGCAAGGGCCAUUACUGGACCAUCGACCCGGCCAGCGAGUUCAUGUUCGAGGAGGGCUCGUUUCGCCGCCGACCCCGCGGGUUCAGGAGGAAAUGCCAAGCGCUGAAGCCCAUGUACAGCAUGAUGAACGGGCUCAGCUUCAACCACCUCCCCGAGAGCUACGGCUUCCAGGGCUCGGCCGGGGGGCUCUCCUGCCCCCCCAACAGCCUCUCCCUUGAAGGGGGUCUGGGGAUGAUGAACGGGCACUUGUCCAGCAACGUGGAGGGGAUGGGCCUCGCGGGACACUCCGUGCCCCACCUGCCCGCCAACGGUGGGCACUCCUACAUGGGCGGCUGCACCGGCUCCUCGGCUGGGGAAUACCCGCACCACGAGAGCUCCGUGCCCGCCUCCCCGCUGCUCGCCGGCGGCGGCGUGAUGGAGCCUCACUCGGUUUACUCCAGCUCGGCCUCAGCUUGGGCACCCUCCGCCUCGGCGGCCUUGAACACCGGCGCGUCUUACAUCAAGCAGCAGCCUCUGUCGCCCUGCAACCCCACGGCCAACCCGCUGUCCUCCAGCCUUUCCACGCACUCCCUGGACCAGUCCUACCUGCACCAGAACAGCCACAACACCGCCGAGCUCCAAGGCAUCCCGCGGUAUCACUCCCAGUCUCCGAGCAUGUGCGACAGAAAGGAAUUCGUCUUCUCUUUCAACGCCAUGGCCUCCUCCUCCAUGCAUUCAGCGGGCAGCGGCUCCUAUUACCACCAACAAGUGACAUACCAGGACAUCAAGCCGUGCGUUAUGUGAUACAGCGCGGAAAAAACACCUCCCGGGGGCGGCGAGGCCUGACCCGAACCUCGACGCCCCCCUCGCGGACCCUCGAUGGAAAUGAGAGGGGUCUCUGCGAAAAAGACUGUGCCCGGGAGAGAGAUCCCGGCUCCUCGGGAGUGGGUUGGGGGAUAGGGGCUAAACUUGCCCCACAGCUGAGCAUCGGCCGGACCCUUCAAUGCGGGUCCUCAAUCACAGAUGGUCUCUGCCUUCUUCUGCUUCUUCGUUUGGGGUUGGGUUGAGAAGAAAGCAAAGAACCCUCCCCGCGAAAAACCCUGACUGCGAGUUUGCGUUAAGGGAUUCGACAAAUGAGGGUUUGAUGUUUCUUUUUAAAAGAAAAAGGGGAAAAAAUAUAGUUCAAUUACUAAUUCAAUUUUGUCCUUGGCAUUGAGCAGUGCCACCAGAGCGACUGGCGGGUGCGGAGCCGGCUCG